GGCAGUUCUUCCUUUAGGAAGCGUAGUUUCUUCCAGGAACUCUGAAACUUGGGAUAUUCCACCUCAUGCGGUUGUUUGACUGGUCAAAAAAGGGAGUGGGGGAUUCUGGAGGUACUUCAUGUCUGCUGCGUGGUCCAAGGGGACCAGGGCUCCAUAAAUCACCAGGACCCUGAGGGCAGGGCUCGGUACUCAUUCCUGGCCCUGCUUCUGUAAAUGUUAAUGACAAAAUAACAACAAUGUCACCCACCCAACAGGGUCUUCAAUAUGAUUAAAUAAUCAUGAAAUACUUCUUGAGGGGUAAAUCAGAGAGAAUAGCUAGGAAAUGUCUGAAAAUAAAGAGCGGUGAGAGAGUAUUUGUUCUGCUAGCUAUUAAAAUGUAUUCUAAAGCGCAGUCAUAAAAACAGUAUGGUACUGUGAUGGAAAUAACUAGAUCAGAGGAACAGAGUAGAGAGUCCAGAAAUAGGUGAUAAAUCAAUAAAGGUGUAUUUCAGGUUAGUGACAAUGGGAUGUAUGAGCUAGCAAAUGGUGUUAGAAAACAUUUCCUAUCCAUUAGAGGGAAAUAAAUUCCUAAGCUUAGGUAGUAUAUCAAAAUAAUUUCCAAAUAGCAUUACAUUAAAAAAAUCAUUACAAUCUUAGGAAAAAAGAGAGUAUUUAUAUCAUUCUGGGUAAGAAAAGGCUUUUAAAACAUGUCACUUUUGGUGCCACAUACAAAUAUCGUAAACAAAGUUAAGCAAAAGGGUGGAAAAAGUGUUGGCAACAUCAAUGAUGAACAAAUUAAUAUUCUUGGUAUACAAAUUUAUUCUUUCAUUCCAUAUGUAUUUAUUGAGCACUUAGUAUGUACUAGAAAGUAUUCUGGGCACUAAGGGCACAGGGAGUAAUUACUGUGCCUGCUGUCCUGGUGCUUAGACCCUGCUGGAGAGGACAGCCAGUGAAUAUGGGAGAUUGUGGUAGGUCACAUGUUGAUAAGGGCUAAGGACAAAACAUUAAGCAGGGGGCUGGGCUAGGGAGGCUUGGCAGGGUUUGCAUCAUAUGGCUAUUCAAGGGGGCUUCACUGAUGAAAUGACAUGUGAAGAAAAAGGGAAAGUCAUUGAAUGUCGAGCUGAUAGCAAAUUUGCUGUUUUUGGAAUGUCGAGCUGAUAGGAUUUGCUGAUGGAUUGAAUUCAGGUUGUGAAAGAAAGGAGUCAGGAUGGCUUCUAGGUUUGGGGCCUGGCAACCAGAAGGAUUGACAUAGGAAUGACUGAGAGGCUUGGCUUGGAGAGAAUUAGAGUUUUGGUUAUGGAUGUUUCAGUUUGACAUCUCUCUUGUAUAUUCAAGUGAGGACGUCAGGGAGGUGGUCGGCCAUAAAAAUCUGUAAUUCAGGGUGACAUCUGGGCUGGAGAUGUAAAUUUGGGAGUUGUUACAGUGUUUAUAGUAUUUGAAGGAAUGACACUAGAGCCCCUGGAGAGCAUGUGUAGAUAGAGAAGAGGGCCCAGGACAUCCAUGGGACCCUUCCUUGAAGUUGAGGGAGAUGAGAAGGAGCCAGCCAAAGAGAGCAAAAGGGAGUGACCACUGACGGAAGGAAUCCUGCAAGAAGGGGGAUCUCCCAAGGCAUGAGACAGUGAGAAGGGCGAGGUCAGCUCUCCUGGAUGUGCUGAUGGGCAAGGAGAGAACUGGCCAUUGGAUCUAGCAGUUGGGAGGUCACUGGUCAGCCUGACAAGUGCUGUUUUGUGGGAAUGAUGGGGAGAGAAUCUGAUUGGAGUUGGGUUAUUGAGAAUAAGAGGAAAAAAACCGGAGACAGAGAAAUGGGACAAUAGCUGGAGGAGGAUGGUAUUCAAGUAAGUUUAUUUUUCCCAAGAUGAGAAUUACAUAACUCUUGUUUUUACCCAAGUGGAAAUGAUUCAGUAGCGUGGGGAGAGUGGAUGGUGCAGGAUUGGGCUGGGGCGAGGGUUCUGAAAUGGUGGUCUCGAGGAGGUGGGAGAGGUAGAAUCCAGGCAUGAGCUGGGAAGGGAUCCUAAGUAGGAGCAUCUAAGGAGGUGGUGGGUGUGCACCUGCCUCUUUUCUCAGUUCACUAAGAAGCAGAGUCCUCAGCGGAGAAUGGAGACUGAGGAGAUGAUGGAAGUUUGAGGAGAGAGGACAAAGUAUGAAGUCCUUCAUAGCAGAAUGAGAAAAUAAAUGGCCAGGGGAAUGAAGCAUCGCUGGGCGGCAUGCAGGCCUCUAAGGGAUCAUCCAAUGGCAGACCAGAGAAUGGACAUUUCUUCAACCAUCAGUGAUUUCAUGUCCCCGGGCCCCACUGACCUGCUUUCCGGCUCUCUUGGUACCAGUGGUGUGGAUUGCAACCGCAAACGGAAAGGCAGCUCCACUGACUACCAAGAAAGCAUGGACACAGACAAAGAUGACCCUCAUGGAAGGUUAGAAUAUACAGAACACCAAGGAAGGAUAAAAAAUGCAAGGGAAGCUCACAGUCAGAUUGAAAAGCGGCGCCGGGAUAAAAUGAACAGUUUUAUAGAUGAGUUGGCUUCUUUGGUACCAACAUGCAACGCAAUGUCCAGGAAAUUAGAUAAACUUACUGUGCUAAGGAUGGCUGUUCAGCACAUGAAAACAUUAAGAGGUGCCACCAAUCCAUAUACAGAAGCAAACUACAAACCAACUUUUCUAUCAGACGAUGAAUUGAAACACCUCAUUCUCAGGGCAGCAGAUGGAUUUUUGUUUGUCGUAGGAUGUGACCGAGGGAAGAUACUCUUUGUCUCAGAGUCUGUCUUCAAGAUCCUCAACUACAGCCAGAAUGAUCUGAUUGGUCAGAGUUUGUUUGACUACCUGCAUCCUAAAGAUAUCGCCAAAGUCAAGGAGCAGCUCUCCUCCUCCGACACUGCACCCCGGGAGCGGCUCAUAGAUGCAAAAACUGGACUUCCAGUUAAAACAGAUAUAACCCCUGGGCCAUCUCGAUUAUGUUCUGGAGCACGACGUUCUUUCUUCUGUAGGAUGAAGUGUAACAGGCCUUCAGUAAAGGUUGAAGACAAGGACUUCCCCUCUACCUGCUCAAAGAAAAAAGCAGAUCGAAAAAGCUUCUGCACAAUCCACAGCACAGGCUAUUUGAAAAGCUGGCCACCCACAAAGAUGGGGCUGGAUGAAGACAAUGAACCAGACAAUGAGGGGUGUAACCUCAGCUGCCUCGUUGCAAUUGGACGACUGCAUUCUCAUGUAGUUCCACAACCAGUGAAUGGGGAAAUCAGGGUGAAAUCUAUGGAAUAUGUUUCUCGGCACGCGAUAGAUGGAAAGUUUGUUUUUGUAGACCAGAGGGCAACAGCUAUUUUGGCAUAUUUACCACAAGAACUUCUAGGCACAUCGUGUUAUGAAUACUUUCACCAAGAUGACAUAGGACAUCUUGCAGAAUGUCAUAGGCAAGUUUUACAGACGAGAGAAAAAAUUACAACUAAUUGCUAUAAAUUUAAAAUCAAAGAUGGUUCUUUUAUCACACUACGGAGUCGAUGGUUCAGUUUCAUGAACCCUUGGACCAAGGAAGUAGAAUAUAUUGUCUCCACUAACACUGUUGUUUUAGCCAACGUCCUGGAAGGCGCGGACCCAACCUUCCCACAGCUCACAGCAUCCCCCCACAGCAUGGACAGCAUGCUGCCCUCUGGAGAAGAUUCCUUUGUUGUAGGUGGCCCAAAGAGGACCCACCCCACUGUUCCAGGGAUUCCAGGGGGAACCCGGGCUGGGGCAGGAAAAAUAGGCCGAAUGAUUGCUGAGGAAAUCAUGGAAAUCCACAGGAUAAGAGGGUCAUCGCCUUCUAGCUGUGGCUCCAGCCCACUGAACAUCACGAGUACGCCUCCCCCUGAUGCCUCUUCUCCAGGAGGCAAGAAGAUUUUAAAUGGAGGGACUCCAGACAUUCCUUCCAGUGGCCUACUAUCAGGCCAGGCUCAGGAGAACCCAGGUUAUCCAUAUUCUGAUAGUUCUUCUAUUCUUGGUGAGAACCCCCACAUAGGUAUAGACAUGAUUGACAACGACCAAGGAUCAAGUAGUCCCAGUAAUGAUGAGGCAGCAAUGGCUGUCAUCAUGAGCCUCUUGGAAGCAGAUGCUGGACUGGGUGGCCCUGUUGACUUUAGUGACUUGCCAUGGCCACUGUAAACCCUACAUGUUGCUUUGGCAACAGCUAUAGUAUCAAAGUGCAUUACUGGUGGAGUUUUACAGUCUGUGAAGCUUACUGGAUAAGGAGAGAAUAGCUUUUAUGUACUGACUUCAUAAAAGCCAUCUCAGAGCCAUUGAUACAAGUCAAUCUUACUAUGUGUAACUUCAGACAAAGUGGAACUAAGCCUGCUCCAGUGUUUCCUCAUCAUUGAUUAUUGGGCUAGCUGUGGAUAGCUUGCAUUAAUUGUAUAUUUUGGAUUCUGUUUGUGUUGAAUUUUUUAAUCAUUGUGCACAGAAGCAUCAUUGGUAGCUUUUAUAUGCAAAUGGUCAUUUCAGAUGUAUGGUGUUUUUACACUACAAAGAAGUCCCCCAUGUGGAUAUUUCUUAUACUAAUUGUAUCAUAAAGCCGUUUAUUCUUCCUUGUAAGAAUCCUUUACUAUAAAUAUGGGUUAAAGUAUAACGUACUAGACAGUUAAAUAUUUUUAAUAAAUGUUUCCCUUGUUCUAUAAA